UAGCCCCAAUUAGUUCGUGUUUAAUUAUGAACACUAAUAUUAAUUACUUGGCUCUAUUAUUUCUGGCCUGCUCUGCAGCCAUGAAAGCUGAUAACAAUACUCCGCUCGAGGGCAUGGACGAGGAAAUGGAGGACUUGCUGCGAGAGGAAGCUAUUGAACUGCUCAAGGAAAGCCUCUCCAUAAUAUCCCAAGAGCAUGCAGCUAGCUACGAGUAACACGACUGUCGCCAAAGUGAUCUCCGUCCAGAAACAAUAUGUCUCGGGCGCCGUCACCAUCUUUGUCGGGCAACUGACCGACGGUAAAACUAACAAACAAUGCGUUAUCACCACCUGGGAGGGUUAUCCCAAUAAUAUCAAAAUCAAAUGCGAAGGCGACGAUGCCGAACUCAGCUUCACUCUUUGAAAUAAUCCUGUGCAUAAUCUCGGCAAAUAUUUACAUUAUUUCAAAUAAAUGCUUAGCGCAGAUCACAGAGUUCUUUACCAAUAAAUAUUAUCUCUAUUUAUAAAAGAUUUUUAUCUCGAA